UUGUGACAUCACUAUUAAAAAAAAUAUAAGCGGCUGUAAACAUUGAAAUCGUGAAAAAUUAUUUUCAAUUAGAAAACGCCAAAAAUUAAAUAAAAAUACAAUUAUGAAACAACGAUGUCGUUGUUGUUUGAUAACAAAUUCCAAUGCCUACUAUGAUAUAUUCGAACAACAUAUAUCGGGAACGUCCUAUGCUGAGAACAUAUGCUUUUUAGCUGAAGUACAAAUUGAUCACGACGAUGGUUUACCCCAAGUGAUAUGUUCCAAUUGUUACAAUGAAGUCCAACGUAUCUAUGAGUUUAGCUUGAAUGUACGUCUAGCCGAUGAUAGGUUGAGGCAAGAAUUAGAAGGCGCUAAAAAUCAAAUGGUUGUGGAAGAGGAGGAGGAGGAACCAAUGGAAAAUGUUCAGGUGCUAGAAAAUGAAUAUUUUUCUUCCGUAGAUGAGAAUGGCAUGCAGGUGUGUGUUAUGGAAGAAAUAUUGGAACAGGAAAAUGAACAGGAUAAUGUGCUUAUAGUAGAGGAAAUUAAUGAUGUGGAUGAAAUGCAUAUGGUAGAAGAAAUCUUAGAAGCAAAAGAGCAGGAAACAAAUGAACAGUAUACAUACCAGCAAAAGGAAAACUUAUUAGUGGGACUAGCUCAAGUAGCGGCCACUCAGGAAAAUGUUAAUAUUACUGAUGAAAAUGAUGAAGACUAUCUAAUAGAAUAUGACCCCAAUGAAGUAAAUAAUUUUGUUCCUACGAAGUGGAAAUGUGGGGAAUGUAAAGUCAUUUUACGAGGCGAUGUAUCUUAUGAGGGUCAUAUGAAUAUACACAGACAAAUACGGCCACACAAGUGCAACGAAUGUCAGUCGGAGUACAGAUGUCGUACGGCCCUUAAACGGCAUAAAGAACUUAGACACACGCUGACCUUGAAAAAUGACAAUGCCGCUAAAAUAACUCGGCAAUGUCUGUUGUGUGAUAAACAAUUUUAUACGGAAAUUAUUUUUCAUCUGCAUCAAGCCAUUGUCCAUGAUGAGGGUAAUAAAUGUCCUUUGCGAUGUAAUCACACAAAUAUAGGAAAUAUAAGGGAACAUUUAGAGAGCAUACAUGAAAAAGAAUUAAAUGUAGCUGGAUAUAAUGAAACCACCCACCACAUAUUACAAUGCUUUAGAUGCUGUAAAACUUUUGAAAAUAUCGCUGAGUUAGAGAAUCAUGCCAAUUUGUGCCGAAAUAUGCUAGAAUCAUUGCAUUUACAAAAUGAGCCAUCGAUGAUGGAAAAUAAAAAUAAUAUAAAAAUCGUAAAAGUUGAAGAAGAUUCUGAUGUUUCAGUACAAUGUAAUAUUUGUCGCAAGAAAUUACUUAAGAAAAACUUGAAUAAACAUAUGGAACUUCAUAAACGAAAGGAGGAAGAAAACAAAGUUCUGAAUGAUACGAAACCAUAUCUGUGUGCCUUUUGUCAUUAUGCAUUUGAAACAAAAGAUGAUUUUGAAGAACAUUGUUCAACGGAAUGCAAAUCAAUGCUUAACAACUGCUCUGAAUCGCAAGAAGACAUUAACCUACCCACCAUACAUUCACAGGAUAGUGAAAUGAAAGUUCAUUCGCCAGAAAACUUUGACCAACCCACUAAACAUUCUCGGGAGAAUGAAAAGAAAGUUGAUUCGCAAGAAAACUUUAAACAAUCCACCAAACCUUCACAGGGUAAUAAAAACAAAGUUCAUUCGCAAGAAAACUUUAAACAUUUACGGGAUAGGGGAAAGAAUGUUCAUUCGCAAGAAAACUUCACUCACCCCACCGAAUGUGCGGUGAAAAAGGAUAGUGAAAAGAUUGUUCCUUCCAAAAAAUCUAAUUGCAUUUGUUAUGAGUGUGGUAAUACGUUUAGUGGCCGUGUGCAAUUAUCUGCCCAUAAAAGAUUACACAAAGAACGACCCUUUAAAUGUGAUCAAUGUGAUAAGGCCUAUCCCCGACAAGUAGAACUUGUUAUACAUAUGCGCAGCCAUACAGGAGAACAGCCCUAUGCCUGUCAUUUAUGUGACAAACGUUUCGCCAUUAAAGUUCGACUGACUUAUCACUUGCAAAAACAUGAGGGUAUUACGCAUGCCUGCAGCUAUUGUUCGGCGGUUUAUGAUAAUCGUAAUAAGCUUAAAGCGCAUCUAUUCAAACAUACUGGAAUGCCUUAUAAAUGUGAAUAUUGUCCGGAACUGGGGUUUGAUAGGAGAAUAAGGUUUGCCAAUCAUAUGAUACGAGUACAUCAGAAAUUUCUUACCCAAGAAGAAUUGGCAGAAAUUUUUGCUAAGAAUACGGGAAAAACUGUCCACUUUAAGAAUCCAACAAGCUAAGGAAGCAAAAGAAAACGUAAUCUGAGUAGUUUUCUAUAAUAAAGUUUGGUUAUAAAAAAAAAUAUUUUAGUUUUAAUACAAAUUAAAUUGUGAUAAAAAAAUGUUUGAUACAUUUUCUUUUAAAUAUAGAAAAUUUUCGAUUAUUUCUAGAAUA